AUGAUCGAUGGCAGCGCCCAGGCCGUCAUCAUCGACCCUGCGCUCGGCGUCGCGUCCCACACCGCUCAGGCUCAAUAUGCUCCAACGUCCCGGCAGCCCUUUUGCGGUGAUAGCGAAGGAUGGGGUCCUAUCAGCCCGGUCAGAUUCGACUUCACGCCCUGCUUCCUAGAUGUUUGGGUCGUGUUGGUCGCCGCAUGGGGUCUAUUCCUGGGUGCCGGCGCUAUCUGGUUUCUGUUGAAGAAGAGGGUCCCGCAGCCAGUGCCAAAGAAUUGGCAUUUCUACGCGAAACUGGUUGUUUUGUUCCUCCUGACCCUCUCGACCGCCCUUGAAGCGUGCUUUCAAUUGGAGACGGACCCGCGGAUUUGGCUGGCUGAUUUCAGGUUUUGGGCAUCCAUCUCGACACUGCUGUCUCUUUUUGUGAUAUUCACGGUCCAGUACUAUGAGCAUUGGCGCAGCAGACAGCCCAAUGGCGUCGUCCUCUUCUACUGGGUCUUUUACAUGGUCGUGCGCGGCGUCAAGCUGCGGUCGCUCAUUGCCCGGGAGACUUUCCGUCAUAACCUUCCCUACUUUAUCGUAUUCGACAUCAGCCUGGGUCUGGCCGUGCUGGAGUUCAUCUUGGAAUAUUUCGUGCCAAAGAAGCAGAGUGCCUACGACGCGUUGGGUGCCGAAGACGAAUGUCCCUACGAGUAUGCCGACAUUUUCUCCGUCCUUACGUUCAGCUGGAUGACGCCAAUGAUGAAGUACGGAUACAAGAAUUACCUGACGCAGGAUGACAUGUGGAACCUGCGCAACCGAGACACCACACGGGUCACUGGGGAGCUGUUGGAGGAAGCGUGGCGAAAGGAAUUGCGCAAGAAGAAGCCGUCCCUGUGGCUCGCGCUCUUCCGAGCGUUUGGAGGGCCCUAUUUCCGGGGUGCCGUCAUCAAAGUGGGGAGUGACAUCCUGAAUUUUGUUCAGCCCCAGUUGCUGCGCCUUCUGAUCAACUUCGUCGACUCUUAUCGUACUGAAAAUCCCCAACCGGUAGUUAGAGGUGUUGCCAUCGCGCUGGCCAUGUUCGUCGUCUCCGUUUCGCAGACAAUGUGCCUCCACCAGUACUUCCAGAGAGCCUUCGAGACCGGAAUGCGCGUCAAGUCAUCUCUGACCGCCAUGAUCUACUCCAAGGCGCUUCGGCUAUCGAACGAGGGUCGUUCCGCGAAGACGACGGGCGAUAUCGUCAAUCAUAUGGCUGUCGACCAGCAGCGUCUCUCAGAUCUGGCCCAGUUUGGUAUACAGCUCUGGUCCGCACCGUUCCAGAUUUUCCUGUGCAUGGCGUCGCUGUAUCAGCUCGUGGGCUUGAGCAUGCUGGCAGGCAUUGGUGUCAUGAUCUUGAUGAUCCCCUUGAACGGCUUGAUAGCCCGGAUGAUGAAGAAAUUGCAGGUGACGCAGAUGAAGAAUAAGGAUUCCCGGACGCGGCUCAUGACGGAGAUCUUGAAUAACAUGAAGAGCAUCAAACUCUAUGCUUGGAACACCGCGUUCAUGAACAAGCUCAACCAUAUUCGGAAUGACCUGGAGCUGAACACUCUUCGCAAGAUCGGAGCGACGCAGUCCGUUGCCAACUUCACGUGGUCAUCGACCCCUUUCCUGGUUUCCUGCUCCACCUUUGCCGUUUUUGUUCUCACCAACGACAAGCCGUUGACGACGGAGAUCGUGUUUCCCGCGUUGACGCUGUUCAAUCUGCUGACAUUCCCGCUGUCCAUCCUGCCGAUGGUGAUCACAUCUAUCAUCGAGGCGUCUGUCGCAGUGAAGCGUCUGACCGAUUACUUCGCCGCCGACGAACUGCAGUCGGAUGCCGUCCUCUUUCAGGAGCCGGUAACCCACACCGGCGACGAGUCCGUCCGGAUUCGAGAUGCGUCGUUCACGUGGAAUAAGUACCAGGAAAACAAUGUGCUGGAGAACAUCAACCUCAGCGCUCGCAAAGGAGAAUUGACUUGCAUCGUAGGUCGCGUUGGUUCCGGCAAGUCUUCUCUUCUGCAGGCUUUGCUUGGCGACCUUUGGAAGAAUCAUGGAGAAGUGGUCGUGCGGGGUCGCGUUGCCUACGUUGCGCAACAGCCGUGGGUGAUGAACGCGAGCGUCCGAGAGAAUAUCGUUUUUGGUCACCGAUGGGAUCCGCAGUUCUACGAGCUGACCAUUGAGGCCUGUGCUUUGGUGGACGACUUUAAGACCCUGCCGGAUGGCGAUCAGACAGAGGUCGGUGAGAGGGGAAUUUCCCUUUCCGGGGGCCAGAAGGCUCGAUUGACUCUUGCCCGAGCCGUAUAUGCCCGCGCAGAUGUGUAUCUCCUGGACGAUGUUCUGUCAGCGGUCGACUCUCACGUAGGGCGACAUCUCAUCAAACGCGUGCUGGGGCCGAACGGAAUCCUGAAUGGCAAAACCCGCAUUCUGGCCACAAAUUCGAUUGCCGUUCUACGCGAGGCGGACUUUAUCGGAUUGCUACGGGAUCGCACUCUGGUCGAAAAGGGAACGUACGAGCAAUUGCUCGCCAUGAAAGGCGAGGUGGCCACUCUCAUCCGUACUGCGUCGAGCGAGGACGAGGACGACUCCGAGACGAGUCUGGCCAGCAAAGGUGACAAGAGUCCCAGCUUGGAAUCGCCGACGGCGACCGACGAGGCUGAAGAAUCUGAAUUGUCAUCGGUGGAUGAGGCCGAAGAGCGACUUGGUUCUCUUGCGCCUAUCAAGCCUCACCCGGCUUCUGAAAGAAGAGCCAGCAUGGCUACGUUGCGACGCGCCAGCACGGCCAGCUGGCACGGUCCUCGUGGAACGUCGGACGAGGAAAAUGGCCUGAAAACCAAGCAGACCAAGGAGACGUCCGAGCAGGGCAAGGUCAAAUGGAGCGUCUACGCGGAAUACGCCAAGGAGAGCAACCUGUAUGCGGUGGCCAUCUAUCUUCUGGCUCUUCUCGCGGCCCAGACGACCCAAGUUGCCGGUGGUUUCUGGCUGAAGCGGUGGUCAGAGGUCAACGAAAUCGUAGGCGGAAACCCCGAGAUUGGCAAAUACAUCGGAAUCUACUUUGCUUUUGGGUUUGGAUCGUCGGCCUUGGUGGUCCUCCAGACUCUUAUUCUAUGGAUCUUCUGCUCUAUUGAGGCUUCACGGAAAUUCCACGAGCGGAUGGCCUUUGCUAUUUUCCGCUCUCCGAUGAGCUUCUUUGAGACGACACCUUCUGGUCGGAUCCUGAAUCGGUUUUCAAGUGAUAUCUACCGGGUCGACGAGGUUCUUGCGCGUACCUUCAAUAUGUUGUUCGUAAAUACGGCUCGCGCUGUGUUCACGAUUGCCGUGAUUACAAUCUCAACGCCGGCUUUCCUCAUUCUGGUCGUUCCCUUGGGAGCUAUCUACUUGUCCUAUCAGAAGUACUAUCUCCGGACCUCCCGUGAAUUGAAGAGGUUGGACAGUGUGAGCCGAAGCCCAAUCUAUGCGCACUUCCAAGAGUCCCUGGGCGGCGUUUCGACCAUUCGCGCGUACAGACAGGCCAAGAGGUUCGCCUUGGAAAACGAAUGGCGGAUGGACGCGAAUUCGCGUGCCUACUUCCCAUCGAUCAGCGCCAAUCGAUGGCUCGCCGUGCGACUCGAAUUUAUCGGGUCGGUCAUCAUCUUUGCGGCUGCAGUUUUUGCCAUCAUCUCGGUUGCUACUGGCAGUGGACUUUCCGCGGGAAUGGUGGGUCUUGCCAUGUCGUAUGCUCUGCAGAUCACGCAGUCUCUGAACUGGAUUGUGCGACAAACGGUGGAGGUCGAGACCAACAUCGUGUCUGUGGAGCGAGUGCUUGAAUACGCCAAUCUGCCCAGCGAAGCACCGGAUGUGAUUUUCAAGAACCGACCCAACAUUGGCUGGCCAGCGCAUGGGGGCGUUGUGUUCCAAAACUACAGCACGCGUUAUCGGCCGGGGCUGGAUCUGGUUCUCAAGGAUAUCAAUCUGGAUAUCAAGCCUCGCGAAAAGAUUGGCGUGGUGGGUCGUACUGGCGCGGGGAAGAGUUCCCUGACAUUGGCACUGUUCCGCAUCAUCGAACCGGCGGCGGGCAGCAUUAGCAUCGACGGGUUGAAUAUUUCUACGAUCGGUCUGUUAGACUUACGGGGCCGUCUUGCGAUUAUCCCUCAAGAUCCCGCUUUGUUUGAAGGAACGGUCCGAGACAAUCUGGACCCGCGACAUGUUCACGACGAUACGGAACUGUGGAGUGUACUCGCGCAUGCAAGACUCAAGGACCACGUCGCGAGCAUGGAUGGGCAACUGGAUGCCUUAAUUCAUGAAGGAGGGCAACGCCAGCUUAUUUCUCUGGCACGGGCUCUGUUGACGCCGAGCAAUAUUCUGGUGCUCGAUGAAGCGACGGCUGCGGUUGAUGUCGAGACGGAUGCACUGAUCCAGCGCACGCUGCGCAGCAGCGUCUUCAAGGACCGCACCAUCAUUACGAUCGCGCACCGGAUCAACACGAUCAUCGACUCGGACCGGAUUAUCGUUCUGGACCGAGGGACAGUGGCGGAAUUCGAUACCCCAGCAGCGCUGAUCCGGCGUGGCGGAAAGUUUUACGAGCUCGUCAAGGAGGCGGGCCUGCUUGACAGCGAAGCGGUGACAUCUCUGCUCAACGCGGCGUGA